UCUUUCUCCCCCUCAAAUAGGAUGAUAACAUUUCAACUCUCUCUCUCUCCCUCUCUCUCUAAACCUAGAAUAGUUGUUUGUGAUGAGAGAAUUGGAGAGUGAUUAAGUAAUAGAGGUUAAACCCAUUUCCCCACCACCUGGCUGGCGUGUACACAACGCCUAAUCAAAUCAAGCCCCUUUUUUGAAGAUUUUAAGGUGAUCGUGAAAGUAUGGCUGCUCCUCGUGCCCUGUCUUUGCUUCCAUGCAAGGCUUCCUUCUACUCGAUUUCUCAUGCUUCUUCACCUUCCUUUUUCUGCUAAUUUUUCUUCUCUUCACCAUAUAUACAUACAUACAUGUCUCACCGCCAAACAGCCCUUUAAGUAACCACUCUCUCUCUCUCUCUCUCUCUCUCUCUCAAGGGUUGAGUUACUUGAGUAGAAAGCAGAAUCACACUUAUAUAACAAUUGCUCCUUUCUUUUUUCUAAAUAAAAAAAAGAUAAGAAAAUCCUUUUUUCUCUCACCAGAUCUUGCAUUUCUGCUGAUGGGUUCUUCUCUCAUCCCCAGCUUCUCCAAAAAGAUCGAUUUUUGCUGAUCCGAUUCUCGACUAAUCAAGGGGAUUUGCAAAUUUGCAAUGGGGGAAGUUGAAGAGCAGAGAUACGUGUGCAGAAUCUGCAGCAAAGCCUGCGUUAGUGGGAAGUCAUUGGGAGGUCACAUGAGGGUUCAUUUAGCCCAAAUUGCAGCUUCCAAGAAGGCAGCUGAGAUCAAAAUGGAAGAUUAUGAUGAUGAUGAUGAUCGUCAGCUCAAAGACAGCUGCAUCAACCAAUCCAACAGUAGCGAGGAGGAGGAGAAGACUAUGAAUGCGGAAGCCGGAGAGGGUGAUCAGAGCAACAACAGCUAUGAGCUGAGGGAGAAUCCGAAGAAAUCUUGGAGGAUCUCCGAUCCCAAACGCGCCCUAUCAAAGACCACGAAUUCUUGCAGAGAAUGCGGCCGGAAAUUCGGGUCACUGAGGGCUCUUUCAGGUCACAUGAGGUGCCACUCGAGCAAGAACAAGAAGGAGGUGCAUUGCUGCAAGGAAUGCGGCAGAGGGUUCGAGUCGGUGAGGGCCAUGUUUGGUCACAUGAAGAGCCACUCCAAGAGAGUGAUGAAGGUGUGUGAUAGUGUUGUUGAAUCUGGUGAGAGUCUGUCGGAUAUGGAGAAUUUCUGCCCAAUUCGGAGGAAGAGAUCGAGGAUUAGGUACAAGGGCACUGUGAAUCCCUCGUCUCGGUGUGGUGCCUCUGAGGUUGAGGAGGCAGAGGAGGCUGCUAGGUGCUUGGUGAUGCUCUCUAGGGGUAUGGUGGGUGUGGGGAAUGCAGGGGAUUCCGAUGAUGAUUCUGCUUACUUUGGAGGUGUUGUUGCAUCUUGUGGGAGUAGGAAGUUAUGUGGGAGUGAUGGAGGUGUUGUUGCAAAUGCAUCACACAUUGAGAAUGUGAAAUCUGUUGAUCUUGUGUGUGAUGAUGAAUUCUUGGAAGAUGGUAUCGGUAGCAAUGGAGGUGAUCUUGAAAAGAUGCUUGAAUCCAAGCAUGAUCAUGAUGAAUGUGGUGGAGUGGAGAUGGAGAUGGAGAUGGAGGAGUCGAGCAAAGGGAAGGAACACGAGUGCCCGAUAUGCUUCAAGGUUUUUGGUUCGGGUCAAGCUCUAGGUGGCCACAAGAGGGCUCACUACAAUGGAGUCGUCGAGAGCAGGAAUCAGGAGGUGUUGGACCUCAACUUUCCGGUUGCUGGUGGUGGUGGGCUCGGCCUCGACUUCAGCCUCAGCUCGUGGUUUCUUGAGAGGAGCCGCGAGCACGAGGCUCUGCUGCUCACUACUUGACAUGAGAUGAUGCAAUGGCUCUCAUUUGGUAUAAUCUUCCAAUUCUUGAUUCUUAGCUCUUUUGCAGAAUUGCAUAUACUUUUGCAAUGCACAUUUUGCUGCUCUAUGCAUCAAUGCACAUAUUCACUAAAUACAAGCAAUACAACACUGUUUUUUGAUCAGUUUCUAGCAAUGUACAUUCUCAUUUAGAGUUUGUUUUAAACCAUGUUGAAAUUUUGAAACAUGCUUGAAUCUUGAUUACAUGAA